AUGAACCGCUUCCGCCGCAAGAGCGAAUCGAAGCAGCGCAGUCGGCGGCAGUCCAAGGACGACGGCGGGAGCGCACGAGGAGGAGGAGGAGCGGCGAGUGGGGAGGAGGCGAUGGUGGACGAGGUACCGAGUCUGGGAAGCGCUGGGCUGCCUGAGACGGCCGAUUUCAGGACGUCGCUUAUCCUGCCGAAUCUGAUGAAGCGCUUCUCGCUCUUGAGAGGCGAAGACGGCCAACUCGUCGACCUCGUAACGAUGCAGCACCACCUCGCCGCACAAAGACAGACGGGCCGACUGACAGCUCACGAAGUGGAUGCCGUCCUCGCUCAAUAUCGCCUCCAGACCGCCGCUGAACAAUCGCCUAUGCCUCCACCGACUGCCUCUUCCUCGUCGGGAUACACGAAGCGCAAGCGGAUUGAUUGGAGCAAGAUUGACUUGGAGGAACUGACUGGGUCCAGCGCGGAGGGUAGUACAGGAGGAGGAGCGGAUCCAUCUCGCGCUUCGAUCGCUACGACCGCUUCGGCUUCCACUACAACCGCCACGCCUCACACAUCCCUCGUCCCCCCUCCUCACUCUCCAGCACCCUCCUCCAUCCACUCCUUCUCCUCCUCGUCGCCAUCCAAAACCUCCCCCCUCGCUUCACCCUCCAUGUCGCGCGACUCGUCCGCUUCCGGCUCCAUCUCCGGUACCGCAUAUCCGUAUCAGUACAAGCGCGGGGCGAACAGCCUGUUUGGUGCGCGCGCGUCGGGGGAGGGGAAGAGGAGUGUGGGGAUGGGGAAGAGUCGGUCGAGGGAGAGUACGGCGAGUGGGAGUGCGAAGGGGAAGGAGAGGGAGAGGGAGAGGGAGGGGAGUGGCGAUGCAGAGGGUGCGAGUCUGGAAGGGCAGGAGGUAGAAGGAGCGGACGAGACGCUCCUCAUCCAAUCUGACCCGCUCGCUUUCGACCCUGCCGAUCCUUCCGGGCCCUCCUCACCCAUCCCCUCGCUCCAAAUCAAUCCCUCCACACCCACAGACCCGACCUUCCCCCCUCCGCUCUCGCCCAAACAGUUGCGCCGGAUCUCCCGCGCGUUGGAUGAUAUCGAGGCGGAGUUGAAAGGUGAUUGGGAGAGGUUGAGGGAGUCGGAUUAUGCGACUAGUGAGGAGGAGGAGGAGGGGGAUGUCGAGGCGGCGAAGGAAGGGGAAGAGGAGAUGGACGAGCGGGCGGACCGGACGAAUCUUCACCACCUUGAUGUCAGCCUCGACGGUCUCUCGCCCGUCUCGCCUCUCGAAGGCGUCCCCGCCUCCCCCACCUCACCCAUCACAGCCUCCGACCUAGCCGGACUCACGACUUUCCACACGAGCGCUCCAGCAGACGAUACCGAGCCCGUCGACCCUUUCUACCAACGCGCUUCGCCUCUCCCGCCUACAAGACUCCCUCCUUCUCUCCCUCGCUCGUCGCAUGAGAUCUUGCGCGACAGAGACUCGAUGUCAGCGAGCCUAUCGCACUCCUCCUCCCUCGACCGACUCGCUUCCUCCACCCCCCUCCCGCUCGGCACGCGCACCACUUCGCCCACUCCGACGCCCUCCCUCUCAUCCAUCCUCAUUCCCGACCGCUCGGCGCGCGUCCGCGCAUUGAGUCUCGAUACGGACGAUGAUCCGACGGGAGGGGUGACGCCCUCCACCGCUGCCGACGAAGAGGAAGACUCGGAGGACCUCUCGCCGCGAGUGAAGAGGUUUCCGGUGGUGGAGAGGACGGAUAGUGAUCAGACUGCCAAGGCUGGAGGAGGGGGAGAAGAGUUACUGGAGGUUCCUCAGCAGGGAGGAGAGGAAGCGGACAAGACUGUGUCGGAUAGCGGGCCUUUCGAUCUCAGUCUCGGCGAAGGAGCGGACGAGUCGAAGGAGCCAGAGUCGGACAGUCGGCGCGGGUCUCGCAGGCGAAGUAGGAUGCCCGGGGCGUUCGUGCACGACCCGGCGGAGCGCAACUCGACUGCUACGCUCGACUCGGUCGGCUCGAGCUUCCAUGGCUCGACGGCGGCGGAACACCAAAGCGAGGACGAUGUCUUCCCGCCCGACUCGACCUCGACUUCGCUCGCAGCGCCCAACUCGCCCGCAUCGUCCGCCCCGACUUCCUAUGCUCCCGCAAUGUCCCGCCCCCAUUCGCUCGCUACGAACGUCGUCGUCUCGUCCAGCCCGGAUCUCGCCAAGUCCUCCGAAGCAGAUGGAUCGCCUUCCCUCCUCCGCCCAACUUCCUUCCCUCUCGACCGCCGACCUUCGAACGAGUUGCUGCAGAUUAUCUCCGAAGCGUCGCGCAACGGCGAGACCGGUACCGAGCCAGGCGACACCUCCGACUUGAUCCUCCAAGACCUCCUCCUCAUUCAGGAGAAACUCGUCCAGUCUGCCGCGCGGCGGGCAGCUCGUUCGGCUAGCAGUCCGAACAGCGCAAUGGCGACUCCUUCGAGCGUCGCCAGUCCCGCCGAAGAGCUGCUCGCGAGUCCGCUCGCCGCUCGAUCGGCACUGGCGAGCGACCCUCACUCGCUCGAGACGUCCCCCAAGGACGCCGCGAGUGCGCCACGCAAGGCGUCGGUCGAGAGCUCGGGCGAUGCGACGGACUUGGGUGGACAGCUUGCCGGACUUGGACUGUCGUCGCUCAUGCCGUUCGACCUGGGCGAGAUGCCUGACUCGCCGCCGAUGCGAAGGCAGAGCAAUCGGGCGUCGAUGAGGACUGCUGGGCGGGGCAGGAGCGAAGGAACGGGGAGGAGUCAGAGCGAAGCGGUUAGCGAGGCGGGCGAGGAGGACGACGAGCGAGACAGUACAUUCCUUGGACCGGCGUCGACGCACAUGACGGUCCAGACGAGCCAGACCAGCUCGACGUCGCCGUUCACCAACUCGGUCGUCACGCCGUCGUCGACGGAGCAUUCGGAUGUCUUCGAGUUUAGCAGUCUCGUUGGCUCGCCCGAGAGCGCUGCGUGGGAAGACGCGCAGGAGCACAUCAAGCCAGACUCGUUUGCGUCAGGCUCGCUCCGCACGGAAGCUUCCCCUCGCGUCGACUUUCCCGACUCGCCGAACCCGUCGGCGUCGUCGUAUAACGAGGACGCGAAAGACACGCCUGAGGGUUCAGCUCGAGUCGCGCCUCCCUCUGCAUCGACUUCGCAGACGUCUUCGCUUGCGGGACCUGCGCCCAUCGACACCGAGUCCUUCUUGCGCGUCCCUCGCCCUCGCAACAAGCCAAUGCGAGACCCCGCUUCGACGCCAUCAAUGCUCAUCCGCGACGUCCGCAACCAAGCGACUUUGGCGACCAUCGCGCUCAAGAAGCAGAGUCCGGCAUCACCUCAGACUCGCCCGCUCAACAAAAGCCGCUCGAUCCGCAAGGGGUCCAUCUCGUCGCCGCAGCUCGUCUCGGGGCCAGUCGACAUCCCCGCCGUGCCUAUCCUCAGCCCUCAACUCGGAGCGCAAUCGCCUGGUCGGUCGGCGUCCAAGUCGGGCAAGAAGCGCAAAGACGAGGACGAAGGGCGCAAGUCCAAGGGUUUGGGUUCGCGCUUCAAGAUGCUGCUCAAAAAGCCGAGCGUGCGGGAUCAGCUCGGCCAGCUCAACGGCGACGAGGUCACGCCUUUCGUCACCGCCAAUCCCGACAACGCUCCUCGAACCCGCACCAGCGCUAUCCCCGUCACCCCGCCCAACCAGUCCCUCGCUCGCUUCGGCUCGCCCGGCUUCGACUCGCCUGAUACGCCCGACACGGUCAAGACAGCCCAGAGGGACACGCUGCCAGCCGAUGCGCCUGUGCCCGCACUCUCGGCCGUCAACGAGUCGUCGGAAGGCGUCACUCGCUCGCCUUCAUUGGCUUCCAGCUCGCCACAGAUCGACUCGCCUCGCUCUGGCGACUCGCACGGAUCCGGACAGAGUCGCUCGCUCAGUCGGCUCAUGUCGCGGAUGCGCAGCAACACUGGAGGUGCGGACGAGAGCGCGACAACCUCACCGAAGGAAGAUGCCGACGAGGCAAGCGGCCCAGUCGCGGACGACUCGCCGCACGUCGCGCUGACGAGCAAGUUCCUCGAGGGACUCGGCUUCGGCGACGACGUCGUGCAAGGCAGCCGUGCUCCCGCUCAAUACGCCGUUGGCUCGCCAAGGAGUCGUCACAAGGCCGAGUUCGAGACGGUCAACGGCACGCCCAUCGCUCCGUUGUCCUUCACGCGCAGGCCGGCUGGCGACGAGGCUGAAUCGGCCGAGCCGUCCCCGUCCGCACCUUCUUUCGUUGCCGCUCCCCCUUCUCGCGCCUCAAUCGACUCGAUGCGCAAGCUCUGGCAGGCUGCGGAAGACCUUGGCUUGCCGAGGGAUAAAGUGCAGGAGUUUGUCGAAUCUGCCUACGCUCGCUCGCCGACGACUGCGUCCUCCCACGCCCACGCCGGCAGCACCGACUCGACUGCCGGCAGGUUCUCCGCGUUUGGUUCAUCGAGCGGUUCGCAGCGACGACCGUCCGAAGCGCCUACCUCGGCGGACGGACACUGGCGUCGUCCGAGCGACUUCUCCGGUAACGCACCGUUGGAAGGGCUGGAGGUCCCUGGCGGCGCGGAAGCAAGCGCGCUUGCCGUGCCUCACUCGCCCAGCCUCGGCAGCAUCGUCUCUCGCCGCAGCAGCGAGUACGCCAGCUCCUUCCUCGACUACUAUGCCAACGACGACGAGCCUUCGCCCCUUCCUCGCUCCGACUCUGCAUCCCUGCGCAGCCACGGACGCCGUCCGUCCCUUGCGCCGUCCGUCGACGAGUUGCUUGCUCAGCAGCAAAAGCAGGAGCACACCGCGCGCCUCCAGCCUGUCGCCGAGUUUGACGAGCACCCCGAGUACGGCAACACCGAGCGCGGAGCGCCCGCCUCUCCGACCCGGUUCGAGAACGAUGGCGAGGUCGUCUGGCAAGUCCUGGACGACUUGCGCAACAACCGCCUUUCCGUGCUUUCGAAGAACAGCAGCAUCAGCUUCGGCUCCCGCGACUCGUCGUUCGCCUUUGACAAGCAAAGCUCGGAUGGCGACCAGCCGAACGGCAUCGCCAACCUGCUGAGGCACCGCGACAGGAAGCGCUCGUCCGCCUCGAUGCCGUCGGAAUGGGACGGCCGCUACCCGUCGAUCUACUUCCGCGAGGAGCAGGCGUUGAUCAACCUGGCGGAGCAGGGAGGGGUUGCUCCUGAACUCGAAGGCCGCUUCCUCGUCCGCCCGAAGGACCAGGAGCCCGAGGUGCCGCCGCUCCCCGAGCAGUACCGUACGGACGCUCAAGCCAGCGCGUCGCAGGAGACGGAGGCGCCAUCGGCGGCGUGA